ACCCACCCCAUACCUCUUUUUCUAUCUCUAUCUUUUUUCUCACUAUAUAUGUACACAUGAGCUUGAGUUAGACGGCCAUAAGUUUUCUUCUUCUUAGCUUUUGCAUUACUUCUUCUCUUUUUCUCUCUAUUCAAAUCAACCCCUUUUGGUUUUCUUGAAGCUUUGUAGAUCAAUCUUUUUGUUCUUUGUUUCUGAAUAGCCCCGGAUAUUGAAGAAGAAAAAAAAAAGCAACUUGGAGAAUUGAAUUUGAGUUGCUAAAUCUUUAGAGAGCUACAAAGCUGAUUAAUGUGCAUGAAUGAAUCCUUCUAGUGCACAGCUUCAUCAUCACCAGGAAAUGUCAUCCCAAACACUAGAAAACAUGUUGGUUUGCACAAAACCAGAGCAAGAAAAGAAGCCAAGGCCUCAAGAUGAAGCACAAAAAUGUCCAAGAUGUGACUCUGCCAACACAAAAUUCUGUUACUACAACAACUACAGUCUCUCUCAGCCUAGAUACUUCUGCAAAUCUUGCAGAAGGUACUGGACUCAAGGUGGUACACUCAGAAAUGUUCCAGUUGGUGGUGGCUGCAGAAAAAAACAAAAAUCAUCAUCAAAGAAAAGCCAAGAUAACAGCCCUCAUAAUCCUCUCACACUACCAAUAUCUUCCUAUGAUUCCUCCACUGAUUUGAGUCUUGCAUUUGCUAGGCUCCAAAAACAGUCAAAUGGGCAUUUUGGAAUUAAUCAAGAACAUGAUAAUAAUAAUAUGUCAAUGAUGUAUAAUCCUACUGCCCCUCCUAGCUUUCUUGAUGCACUAAGGGGUGGUUUUCUUGAAAAUGCCCCAAAUGGAUUUCACCACAACAUGUACUAUGGGAAAAUGGGGCAAGUAGAAAAUGGAGGACUAGUGGAUAUGGGAAUGAAUUAUGAUCAAGAAAUGAGUGUUACUACAAAUACUGCCAGUAAUGCAAUGACAACAGUGAAGCAAGAAAUGUGCAGUAUGGCAAGAGAUCCAGGUGAGAAUAAUAGUAGAAUUUUGUGGGGUUUACCAUGGCAGAUGAAUGGAGAUGUAAACAUGAAUAUGGGAGAUUUUGAAUCUACAAAUAGGCAAAGUUGGAAUGGAUUUGGGGGUUCUUCUUGGCAUGGAUUUCUAAAUAGCCCUCUCAUGUAAUAGAUAUCAGAAGAACCUCUUUACAAAGGGAAAAAAGAAACAUAGAGUUUUCCAUUCUUAGAUCAGCUUAAUUUAAAUAUGUAUGAACUUUGUGUCAAUUGUUAUCAUUCAGCUGAAUCAUUUUUUGUUUCAUGAGCUGUGUAUGUCUUAGGUUUGUUUGUCUAAUACUUAUGGACAAAUUAGUGAAACUUAAACUUUGAUCUCUUA